AUGGCCGUCCCGCCCAUCGGCGGCGUGGCGGCGGCCGUGCCCGCCGUGAGCGUCGCGGCGGCCGUCGACGCCGCCGACGCCGACGGCGCCGUCGUCGCGCCCGUCGCCGAUGCCGGCGACGUCGCGGUCGGGCUGGCGGAUCGCGUCGAGAAGAUGCGCGCGGAGCUCGACAUGCCCCCGGAGUACGUGGAGGACCUGCUGCGCCUCGUGGGCACGGACAUCGUCGUCGUCGCCGACGACUCCGGGUCCAUGAACAGCGUCAGCGACAACCUCGCGGGCGGGCCGAAGACGCGGUGGCAGGAGCUGCAGCAGACGCUGCGACUGUUGGCGACGAUGCUCCUCGUCAUCGAACACAUGGACGGAUUCUGGCUCAAGUUCCUCAACGACGCCGAGUGGUACAAGAUCACGAGCACGGCGCAGCUCGAGGAGAUCUUCGCGGGCAAGCCGCGCGCGCGCGGGAAGACGCCGCUGCUCGGGAACCUGGCGCCCGUCAUCGAGGGCUUCGGCCGCGACGACCGCGACACGCUGCUCCUCAUCCUCACGGACGGCGAGCCGAGCGACUGCGAGUUCGACGAGCUGAGCCACCUCAUCAAGUCGAAGCCCGACGACGUCUUCUGCAGCUUCGCCAUGUGCACGGACGAGGCCGACGUCGUCGAGCUCUACAACAAGGUCGUGGACCCCAUCUUCGGCUGCGACAUCACGGACGACUACGCCGCCGAGUGCCGCGAGGCGAAGCGCGUCGGCAACGCGCUCUCGCCCUUCCAGUGGCUCGCGAAGAUGCUCCUCGUCAAGUACGACAAGUACGACGCGCUCGACGAGCGCAAGUUGGAUGGUCGCCGACGCGCCUGCUGCGCCCUGUCUUAA